UUUGAUCGCUGCGUUGUCCUUUUACAUUCGGAGAAUCAUGCCAUUCCAAAGGUUUGUUCAAUCAGGCCGUGUGGCUUACGUGAGCGAUGGUGCUUACCAAGGCAAAUUGGUCACCAUUGUUGACAUCAUUGACCAGAAUCGAGUUCUGGUUGAUGGUCCAUUAUCAGGUGUACCACGGUGUGAGAUGAGGCUUAACGAGCUUCAUCUGACAAAAUUCCGUAUACGUUUUCCAUUUUCUGGAUCAACCCGUGUCGUACGAAAAGCUUGGGAAGUUGCUAAGAUAAACGAAUUGUGGAAAGAGACAAUGUGGGCCAGAAAGGUUGAAGCCAAGAAGAAGCGCGCGGCACUUAGCGAUUUUGAUCGUUUCAAACUGCGCAAAGCGAGACAGAUGAGAAAUAGAUUGCGAACAGCUGCGUUUUAUAAAUUACGAGCGAAGACAAGAAAAUCGUCUAAAAGCAAGAAAGAUACAGCAAGCAAACAGGCAAAGGAGGAGAAACCAAAACUUGAAAAAAGUUCCAAAAAAGUGGAGAAGAAGUAAUAACCAAUUUCAGAAUUCAAUAAAAAUUUACCAGUUAUUUUA